AUGGAGAUGCUUCUACAGAUGCUCGCCGACAAGGAGGUCACACCUGCCGCUGCAAAGACACCUAAAGAGUUCUUUGAAGUAGUUACAAGUCAACUACAAAGCCUGGAAAGCCUGCACGCGGGCCCACCGACCUGGACAAGAACAGUAAAGUUUGGAGCAGCAGUCUAUGAAACCGGCCGGAUGGCCACUACCAAAACCAGAAGAAUGAUUCGCAAGGCUCAUGUGAACCCCAAACACAACAUAAACACCAAACCCCUCCUGACAUGCCCGAGAUUCCAACGAACAUUUCGGACGCGGAGUGGUCCACUCGGACAUCUCAAGUCCCACUGCAACAACUCCAGCCGCUGCCUCCAUAACCGUUCUCACCGUCACCCCUGCAAAAACACCACAGUGUGCACGACGACCUCCUCCCUCAUCACCGGUGAUCACAAUCCCGAUGUCUCGUCGUCGUCGGUCGCCGCCACCUCCAUCAUCCCUGCCACAACCCCGCGAUGA